AUGCCCCCCUUUGUGGAGUUCGUGAGUCUGGCAGUGUUCCUGAUGCCACUGAAACGACCAGCCCCCGGAGCUACUGGGGACCAGAUCUCGGAGCUACUGGACCAGAUCUCGGAGCUACUGGACCAGAUCUCGGAGCUACUGGACCAGAUCUCGGAGCUACUGGACCAGAUCUCGGAGCUACUUGACCAAAUCUCGGAGCUAUUGGACCAGAUCUCGGAAGCUACUGGACCAGCCCCGGAGCUACUGGACCAGAUCUCGGAGCUACUGGACCAGAUCUCGGAGCUACUGGACCAGAUCUCGGAGCUACUGGACCAGAUCUCGGAGCUACUGGACCAGGCCCCUGAGCUACUGGACCAGAUCUCGGAGCUACUGGACCAGAUCUCGGAGCUACUGGACCAGAUCUCGGAGCUACUGACCAGGAUCUCGGAGCUACUGGACCAGAUCUCGAGCGACUGGACUGAUCUCGGAAGCUACUGGACCAGAUCCCGGAGCUACUGGACCAGGCCUUAG